AUGGCGCCAACCGUUGAAGCUCUUGAGAAAGAUCUCCGUGAUGGGGUUCGCGCUCUCGUCGCUGAACGAGGGUGGGACCAGGUGACCGUGAACAACGUCCGACAAUAUGUUGAGGACAAGGGAGAGCUAGAACAAGGAUUCUUCAAGGCAUCGGAGUGGGAGGCGCGUAGCAAGAAGAUUAUCAAAGGAUUUGUUGCUCAGUUGUUAGCCGAAGAAGAUGGAGCUCCAUCGUCUCCUCCGGCCAAUGUCAAAUCAGAAGCUAAAAACGGCAUUAAGCGACAAUCGAGCGAAGAGCCUUCCCCAUUACCCAAGCGCCAGAAGAAAGCAUCUCGCGCCGCCCCGUCCAAGAGAGCUAAAGCAAAGAAGGAAGAAUCAGAGUCGGCACUUAGCGACUUAGAAGACCAAAGCGACCCAGAAGAUGAAUCAAAGAAAGCCAUUAAGCAGAAGGUCGCUAAAAAGGAGGAGUCUGAUUCAGAGCUGAGCGAUCUUGAUUCACCAGAGGAUGAACCUAAGAAAGCUGAGCCACAGAAAUCUGUUUCACUUCGAGGAUCCAAGAAAGAAGAAACAGAAUCUGAGUUAAGUGACCUGGACGAUUCAGAUAACGAGCCAAAGAAGAGGACAAAGAGCACAAAGAAGGCUACGCCUCGGCGCAAAACCAAAAAGAUUACCAAGAACGAUGAAGCAGCUAGUGAUCUAGAGGACUCGACAGCAGGAAAAAAGCGAAAACGUGCAGUACCUGUUAAGAAGCGAAAUAUAAAACGCGCUAAGGCAGAAUCAGAUAAUGAAGACGAUUUAGCAGACGAGAAGAAUGAAGUCACAAAGGAUGAAGUUGAAUCCGCUGCCGAUGAAAAAACUGUGCCUCCACCGGGAGUAAACGCUAAGACUGGAUCGAAAGCAGAGGACUCGGGCGAGGAUGCUAAACUGAAUGCUGUGGAUGAUAAGGAUAACAAAGAUAUCAAGGAGGCAGACGCCGAUGACUCAGGCUCAGAUUUGUCAUCUGUUAUAGAUGACCCCCCUCCCAAAAAGCGGAAGCCCAGAGAACCGAAAGGUGCUCCUAAGCCUAAGCAGGCCAAGGAAUUAUCUGCAGACGAUACGGAGAUCAAGAAACUUCAAGGUCAACUACUGAAGUGUGGAAUUCGCAAAAUAUGGGGCAUCGAAUUGAAGAAGUACGGCGACGACAGCAAGGCCAAAAUUAGACAUCUGAGGGAAAUUCUUCGAGAUAUUGGGAUUGAAGGUCGCUUUUCCGAGGCAAAGGCUAAGGAAAUCAAGGAAAAAAGGGAACUUAUGGCCGACCUAGAAGCUGUCACGGAGAUGAAUCGGAACUGGGGUAGUGGAGCGGGUAGACGUGCUUCCAGGAGUAAUACCACCAAGAAGACGUCGAAAGAGGAAUCCGAUGAGGAUCAAGAUGCCAAGGAUGAGGAGGAUGAGGAUGAAGAAGUCAAGGGCAACCCACGCGUGUCAAAGCGAAUGGCUGAUUUAGCCUUUCUUGGAAGCGACAGCGAGUCUGAUUAA